AUCUGAGGGGAAAACAAGUUCACAUUUCUUCUCUUCAUUCUUCGGCGCGCGGUCCAAAAGUGCCGCUAAGAAACAAAGUAAUGUUGAGGUUACUGCUGCCAACACCAGAAAUAGAAACUUGUGGGCUAUAUAUUCAAUGAAAUAGGUCCUUAUUUUACGAUGGGUGUUAAAAAGUUUUGAUUGAAAGAUUUUUAAAAUUUAUAAAAUUUGUUGUUAUGCGUUCAACUGCUUUUGUGAUAAAGUGGCUUUAGAAUCAUGGCUCCAUUUUUUGGGCCAUUAUGUUGGUGCUCGUACAUGGACGAUUCAAACGUUUUUGGCCGUUAGUCUGGUCGUGGGGAUGAGUGUAGAGGGUUGUUACCGAGUUCCUCUAUUUUGUACUUCGAGUUGAAACGAUGGACUCUUCGAGUAUUUAACCGCGUUUCCGCUCUCAAAUGGUGUGAAGCGUCAAUCGUCAUGGCCACGUUUGAGAUUAGUCCCCCAAAACACGUGAACCCUGCGAGGAAUGACCGUGAGGAACCUGAAGUUCUGUUCCUUGCCCCAUUCAAGCCUGUUCCCAAACUCACUUUCCAGAAUGUUAAACUGAAGUCGAAGUGCAGCAAGCUGCUCAUCAUCAGAAAUGCGUCAAAGGCUAAUCUUUUUGUUGAACUACCCUCUCUGCCUCCUCCAGAUAGAGGUUUUGAGUUUAGUUUCACGGAAGUGGAGUUGGGAGCUGACGAGGAAGCUAUUCUGGAAAUCGUCUGGACUCCCACUGAAGUUGGCAGCUGGCGGGAAAGUGUACCAGUCCGAACAUCAUCCAAGUUGAGGUCUGAAUUUGUCCUGAUUUGUAGCACCACUGUCCCUCAACCUAAAAAGACUGUCAAAAGACCAGUGGCACCAAAAAAUCCUGCUAAACCUACAGUGCUGGCUAAGAAGCUGUCUGUAGCGAAGUCCAAUAAGCCAAUCAAGAAUUCGCCAAAACAAGCUUCUGUGUCAGGUAGUUUGGUAAAGCAGCAAGUCCGUAUUGCUCGCUCACUUCCUCGCUCUUCCAGUGUGACAUCUUCUCCUUGCCGACGCCAGACUUUCCUUGUCAACCCUGAAAACAAAGAAAAUUCUCCUGAAUGUGCUAAGGAAACCAACUCAAGGAACAUAGUACUGAAGAAUAAGCAUGACAUCUCCAGAAGAUUUGAAGAUUUCGUUUUAUCUCCUUUAAAUACUAACUCAAAUGUGAAUCAACUGAAAAGCAGUGCUCUUGAUGAUUUUGUCAUGUCUCCAGUUGUGCUCCCUUCAGUAGCUCCACCCAGGCCUGGCCAUGAUUUUGUGGACGGAUGCGCUAUGCCACCUAAAGUAUUGGUCACCGUUCAUGAAGAAUUUAAAAAGACUUCUAAUACCUCAUCUGCCAUACGCAGAGAAACAUUUGAGGUUGCUAAUCAUUUAAUCCAAUUUGGAAACAAGAAAGAGCACUUAGCUGAAACCUAUGUGCAAGAAGAAGAUGAAUUCGAAGAUAGUCUUGAAGAAGCUCAAGUGGAGGCUGAAUUUUUGCAGCCAUCACCAAAGAAACCUACAUUUAAGGAAAUUCCUCGAAUAGAAAUCUCAAACAUUACUCAUCAGCUGGCUCCAGUUGUACCUGAGGUUUCAGACUCUUUUAUGGACUCCACAUUGAAGUUUGACCUUCCACUUCCUUCUGAAGAUCCACGCCGCUGUUCAACAGGUGUGAAGGUGGUGACCCCAGUGGCGUCGAGUGGGGCGAAUCUGAAUGUCCGCAAGGAUUUAUUUGAUCUCAUGUCAAGCCCUCAAACUGCCAAUCCUGCAGAUUGUGCCGCUCUUCAAUUAAACGUUUCUGAACCUUUUGAAUGCAUCAGCGGAGGCAUCCCAGAAAUGAAUGACAAUUGCUCCAAUGAUCGUCUUAGCACUGAUACCUAUGUAAAAGAUCGACUGAGCACAAGUACUUAUGUGAAGGAUAGGCUCAGCACAGAAACCUAUGUCAAAGAGCAGAACUCAAGAGGCUCUGUAGGUGCUCAUAAUGAUUCUAAUGACAGUGUCUUUCUUCAUGAAUCUGCUCAUCUAGAUAAUGGCUCAAGUGUUCCUCACUCCCCUAGAUUAGAUGAACAUCACCGCCAUACUAGGUCAGCAUUACUGUCUAUCCAGGAAGAAGAUACCACCUCCAAUCUCAAUGGAAGGGAUGUUCGCAGCAGCAAAUUGAAGAGUACUGCCUUUACUGUGGAGUUUCCUGAUCCGAAAGAGAGAAAAGGCUCUGUAAAUUUGAUUUCAUCGCCAUCACCUGGCAGAUCAAAAACAGGAGCCAGGCCAAAAAGGACUUCAUCACCAAAACGAAAAUUAAUCCGUGUCUCACCCACUCUGAAGAGUUCGUGCUCAGCGCUUGCCAAAACCACCAAGGUUUCCAGGUCGGUAUUGCCAAGGAGACAAACCAUCAACGGUGCACUUCCUUGCUCCACUGGAAAAAGGGCGAGCAGCCUCAAGGAAGAAAACUCAGAUCCUAAACCAUCCUUGACAGACCGACUUCCAGAAGCUCGUCUCUCUCUUUCUAGGGCUCCCAGACCCUCAGAUUCACGUCUCUCUCUAUCCAGGACUUCGAGACUUCCAGACGCACGUCUCUCAGUUUCCAACACUUCAAAACAAGAUGUAUCUGUGUUCAAAAUUCCAAGAGGUUCUAGAAGGCUUGCUCAGAGGAUGGCAGAAAAGUCUGAACCAUUGCAUUGUCUUGAUGAUAUUUUAGCUGAGGUCACAAACGUAGAUCCUUUCGCAGCUUCCACGACUUCUGACCCGUUCCUUAAUAGAGCAAUUUUUAAUGACAGUGCAUGGAUUGCACGACAGGAAAGUGACAUGAUCAGGUGGCUCAAUGCUUUGCUGACACCACCUACUGAACUGGAAACCACUGAUUUACCCAGCAUUGAUAUUGGUGACUUAUGGCAGAAGACUUGCAGACUGAAGGAUAAUAGCCUGGCCCCAUCUCGUGAAACAGUCUCUUCAGACCUUUAUGGUGAAAACUCUCGACUCAAUUCAUUAAGGAAAUCAGCAAUGGGCCUCAUCCGGUCUAAAGAAGUUGCAAGUGUCCUUCAAAAAAUUUCAGUCAAAGUGGAUCAGAAGAUUCUGUUGGUGAGAGAGGACCGAGACUUGCACAUUGAUGUAGGCCUGCAGCAGCUGGUGCUAGAGCUGCUGCUGAGCUACAACCCUCUGUGGCUGCGCAUUGGGCUGGAGGCAGUGUACGGACGCACAGUGCCACUCAAGAACAACUCUGACUACGUCGGUCUCACGGCGUUCCUCGUCCACAACCUCCUGAGUGACGACGGCAUCCUGGCCACCUUCUCGCACCCCACCGUGCCACACCUCAAGCUGCCCGGCUUCCAGGAGGAGAUGAAGAAGUUCACCCUCAAGAAGUUUCUGUUUCUCGUCUUCUUCCUGGACCGCGCCAAGACCGCCAAGCUGAUUGGCCACGACCCCUGCCUCUUCGCCCGGUCGUCGACGUACAAGGAGAGCAGAGAGAUCGUGUCGGCCUUCGCGCGAGACCUGCUCUCCGGCAUGGGCGACAUCAACCGCUACUUGGCGGCCUUCGACUGCAAGCUCACCGUCAAGCAGACGUUCCUCGACGAGUUCGAGUACGCCGUCAAGGGCCUCCUGGACCUCCGCGACGGCGUGCGCCUGGUGCGCGUCAUGGAGCUCAUCACCAAGACCAACAACCUGCACGGCAAGCUGCGAGUGCCGGCCAUCUCGCGCCUGCAGAAGCUGCACAACGUGGAGCUGGCCCUGAACGCCCUGAAGGAGGCGGGCUACGCUCUGUGCGGCGGCAUCCAAGCCAAAGACAUUGCGGACGGCCACCGCGAGAAGACCUUGUCGCUGCUCUGGCAGAUCAUCUACAAGUUCCAGGCGCCGCGCUUCACUGCCGCCGCCGAAGUGCUGCAGCGCUGGUGGCGCAGCACCGCCCUCAAGAGGCACAUCGAGUCCCGCAUCCGCGCUCGCAAGCGCGCCCGUCGCGAGGCCGCCGCCGUGGUGCUGCAGUCCGCGUGGCGCGUCGUGCUGGCUCGCCGACGCGUCGCCUUGGUCCGGGAGCAGCGCGCCCGGGAAGAGGCCGCCCGCCAGCACGCCGCCGUCGUCCUGCAGAAGCACUGGAGGCGCCACGCCGCCGAGGCCGCGCUGGCUCGCGCCCGCCACGCCGCCACGUCCAUCGCCCGGUGGUACCGCGGCGCCGUGGAGACCCGCCGCCUCCGCCAGGACUUCCUGCAGCGCCGCGCCGCCGCAGUCAAGCUGCAGGCCCACUGGAAGGGCGUCUUGACGCGCAAGAGGUUCACGGAGCUCCGCCGGAUGGCCGCCGCCCUGCGCAUCCAGACCUGGUUCCGGCGACGGCGCACUGCCCGCCGCCUGCUCGCGGCCGUGGACUUGGCCCGGGUCUGGCUGCUCGAACGUCGCCAGCGCUUGGAGGCGUGCCGCCGCCUGCAGUCCUCCGUGAGGGCGUGGAUGGCCAUGCGUCGCGACAGGGCCCACUUCGUCGCGCUGCGCGCCGCCGCGGUGGCUGUCCAGCGUCGCUGGAGGGCACAGCGUGCCAUGAAGGCGCAGCGGCAGCGCUUCCUGGAGCUUGUUGGCGCCGUCCUGGCGGUGCAGCGCCGCUGGAGAGCACGCCGCGCCAUGGAGGCCGAGCGCGCCGCCUUCCUGAAGCAGCGCCGCGCCGCCGUCACCAUACAGGCCUGGUACCGCGCGCGCCGCGACCGCCGCCGCUUCCUGCAAGUCCGCGACGCCACGUGCCUGCUGCAGCAACGCUGGCGCGGCCGCCAGCUCACCAGGCACCUCCGCAUCGAGUUCCUCUUCCAGCGACGUGCCGCCCGAGUCCUGCAGCCUGCCGUCAGGGCCUGGCUGGCCGGCAGACAGGAGCGCGCCCGCUUCCUGCGGCUCCGCGCUGCCGCCCUGGUUGUCCAGCGCCGGGUGCGCGCCCGCGCCGCCCUCCGCGACCUCAAGUGUGCGCGCCGCCAGGGUGCUGCCACUGUCAUCCAGCGCUGGUGGCGCGCCGUGCUGGCCAUGAAGGCCCCCCGCCAGGAGUACACGGCGAUGCGUGCCGCCGCCGUCGUGCUGCAACGCCGCUACCGUGCCCGCCUCGCCAUGAAGCUGCCCCGCCAGGACUACACGGCCCUCCGCCGCGCGGCCGUCGUGCUGCAGCAACAGUUCCGCGCCCGCCUCGCCAUGAAGGCCCCCCGUCGGGACUUCACGACCCUGCGCAGUGCGGCCCUCGUGCUGCAGCGGCGCUACCGCGCCCACCUCGCCAUGAAGGCCCCGCGCCAGGAGUACUCGGCGCUGCGUUGCGCGGCCAUCGUGCUGCAGCGGCGGUACCGUGCCCGCCUCGCCAUGAAGCAAGCCAGGAAUGACUUCCAGCGCCUACGCUCGGCCGCGCUCUUCGUGCAGGCCCGCCACCGGGCGCUCAAGGAGACGCAGCAGCAACGCCAAAGGUUCUUGGACUUGAAGAAAGCAGCCGUGACUGUCCAGAGGCGUUGGCGGGCCCGAAUGGCGAUGGCACUCCAGCUUGCCCGAUUCAUCUCCUUGCGGCGAGCGGCGUGCGUGCUGCAGUCCAGGUACAGGGGACUGCUGGAGAUGAGACGGGAGCGAAACCGUUUCCACCAAAUCCGUAAGGCUGCCAUUGUCAUCCAAAGAAGGUUCCGAGCUGACAAGCUUAUGAAAGAGCAGCGACAUAAGUACCUUGAGCUCCAGAAAACAGCUUUAACUGUUCAGUGCAUUUGGCGUGCAAAGUGUGCUAUGAUUUCGGAACGCACUAAAUUUCAAGUGCUUCGUCAUGCUGUCAUCACAGUGCAAAGGCGCUGGAGGGCUCUUCAGGCUAUGAGGCAGCAAAUGCAAGCUUUCCAAUCAACUCGCAAAGCAGCUGUUACUAUUCAGGUGUGGUGGCGCUCACUAGUGUUAGCAAGAAAACAGCACAAUCAGUUUAAAUUGGUACGGUCAUCUGCAAUAAUUAUUCAAAAGCAUUGGAGAAUGUGGAAAUUAGUUUCACAAGCAAGGGAAGAUUACCUCUCCAAAAAAUCUGCAGCAAUAGUUCUUCAGAAACAUGCUAGAGGAUUCCUCACCCGGAAAUGGAUUCAAAGGGAGAGAGAGGUACAAGAGACUAUUCAAGCUCACCGUGAAAACUCUGCAAAAAUUAUCCAGCGGACGUGGCGGGCUUGGUGUUCCAGAAGAAAGGAAAUAUAUCUCAAAAAUUCUGCUGCUACCAAGAUACAGUCAUUUUAUCGGGGAUAUCUAUCACGGAAAAGGUUUGAAGAAGAAACAUCAAGAUUAAAGGACCUAAAUGAAGAAUUACGUGCUCAGGCUCCAUCUCAACCCCAAUCCAUGAAAGAACGUAUUGGCGUUUUAUGUUGUGACCUAGAGAGUGAAACAGUUGGGGGAGUUGUUAUGGUUUUAAACGCAUUGAAUACCAUUUGUAUGAUAUCACCUGUUUUAAGUGAAGAAAUGGUGGCUCAGGAUAUUGUUGCCAAAUUAUUUAGUGUUCUGUGCAAUGUUAAUCGUGGUGUUGCUGACAUGGCUGUUGCAAAAUUAGCAUCUAGAGUAUUACUGCAUCUCUGCAAAUAUGAAAAAACGAAUGAUGCUGUGUGGUGUGAUGGUUCUUACUUGAACCUAUUUCCACACCUUAUGAAAAAAUGGAUUUCAGUUGAAGAGGGGGUUCUACAGAACUUCAUUACAAUGCUGUGGCAUUUUAGCCAAAACACUGAUAAAGCUAAGAUUAUUUCUUCUGAUGAGAAAUUGAAGUCAACAUUAAUGUUCUGUAUCAAUAAGUUCAAAAACAAGAAGGGGAAAUCAGUGAGCAGCUCUCUCCCGUCUCUUCAACCCAACUGGGGCAGUCUCAGAAAAGAAUCGCGGCCCUUUGCUUUUGAGGACAUUAAUUAUGGUCUAAGAGCACUCUGUUUCAAACUAAAAAUAAGUGUGAAUGUUUAAUGUUUGUUUUUUAAAAUAUUUGUUGCAUGUGAAUGAGCUUUAAGUUUCCUAUUUAUACUAUAACUGUGAUACCUUUUAAAUAUUUUUUAUAUAAUGCAUGUCUGAGUUUUCAUGUACAUAAACAAACAGUAUAUUGAUCAAUAAUGUUCUUUUAGUGUUGAUACUUGCUUCUAAAUUAAAUGAAAGGAGUAAUUUUAUGAAACUA